AUGAGCGCCGCCGUCAUGGCCGCGCUGCCACCGCUCGCAAGGGUGUGGCAUCAGGACGACCCGUCGGUGCGCGUCAUCCAGGCCGACAACACCACCGACCCCAACGCCACCUUCCAGCGCGAGAGCGUAGGCACCACCGGCAACAUCGUCGACAUGGUCAUCUGCUGUCUGUCGUUCGUCGGCGCCAUCGCCAUCAUCUUGCCCUACGUCCUCAACCGUCGCAGCCGCAAGCUCCGUCACGCUCUCAUCCUUGGGCUCGCCACCUCCGACCUCGCCACCUCGGUCGUCAUCAUCAUCACCACCGCCUGCCUCAUCGCCAACAUCAACCUCGUACAGCACCACCAGCCCUGCACUUUCCUCGGCUACGUCUUGGUCAGUUCCAUCUUUUCGCAGCAUCUCUGGAAUCUGUCCAUCGCCAUCGUCACCUACAUGAUCCUCGUACAUCCGCUCUCCAACUUUACGCUCACCGUCGAGAAGCGCGUGCGCUGGCUGUGGCCCAUCUUUUGGCUGCUCUCGUUCGCCAUCAAUGCGAUCCCCUUUGCGCUGGGCGGAUUCGGGUUUCGCGGCGGCUACUGCGCCUUCACUACGCCCUUCCUCUUCACCUCGCUCUUUCAGUUCAUCCCGCGCGCGGUGGUGUUCGUCGUGAUCCUCUGCCUCUACACCCACCUCUUCUUCUUCCUACGCCGCACCAACCUCUUCUCCAGAGCCAACCACUCCAACUCGCUCAGCCGCAGCAGACAGCCUUCCGCCAACCCGCAAUCCCACCCGCAGCUCAACGCCACCGCCGCACAUCAACAGCCUUUGCUUGUUGCACCACCAGCACCACACGAACACGCCUCCUCGGCUCCCUCUUCGUCCGCAGAGCACAGCACAAAGACCUCCGACGCAAGCAGGAUCGCGCCGCCCGUGCUCGGCAAGAACGACCCCACCCUCGCUCGCAGGCGCUCCUCGUCGCUCGGCGAAAAGGACGCAAGCGUAGAGAUGACCACGCUCGAUCCAGCCUCGCGUCGACGCAACCACUCCUACGCCGACGUCUACUCGAACGAUGACGAGGCCGACACCUCGCUUUCGGGUCUGCUCUCUUACUCGGGCCCACGUGGCGUGAUGGACCCGAACUACACGAUGGCGUCGCCGCGCACACGCACGCCUGCGCAGCUCGACAUUGAAAAGGCGAAUGCGCCGCACUACGACGCAUCCUCCAUCACCGCCCACUCGCCCUCCAACGCCUCGUCUGCCGGUGCGGCGGCGUCCGCCUCGCUCUCGGCCAAGGGAUCCAGUGCGCCGCUCAACGCCUCUUUCCCGCGUGGCUCGGACGAUGCACAGCGCCCUACCGCGUCUCGGCGACCCGUCACUGCAGGUGCCACUGGCGCCGAGAAGCGAGAGGCGAGUACGGCACGACGCGCGUCUGCAGGCGAUUCGCGCUACGCCACCGCGCGCGAUACGGACGUCGAGAGCGUGGAUAGCGACGAGGGCGCGCGGCGCAUGCGUCCACGCAAAGACGCGGGCGACUUUGACAUGAUGACGCCGCCGGUGGAGCAUCUGAAGCACUACACUGCGCCCGUGCGCAGCUGCCGCAUGGCCGACAUCCUCGCCAUGGGCGACGACGAGAUGGCGCGUGCACGCACCGGGCUCGCCUCCGAACGCCGCAGCAGCGCCGUCCAAAUCCUUCCCGGCGAAAUCGUCGUCGAAAUGCCCAGCAAGGAAGCCUUUGAAGAGUCCCUCGGCGACGACUGGAAUUGGGGUAUGGAUGUCACCACCAAGAACGAGCACUCGCGGCCAUCACGAAGACCUCGCGACGAUACAGGCCUGCACACCGGAACAUCCUCGACAUCAUCGCAGGAUGAAAACGGCGUCGAGUCGAUCGGGUCUACACUCAACCGACAGGCAUCGUUGCUGUUGCUGCUCUACCCCGCCGCGUACUGUCUGUUGUUCUCCAUUUCGAUAGCGAGGUUGGCGGUGGAUCUGGCGGAUCCAGCUGCGUCGGUACGAAAUGCCCACGACUGGCUACACCAACUCUCGCGCUGGCUCAUCUUUGCACAGGGCGCCAUCGACGCGAUCAUCUUCCAGUUCAUCGAGCGCCAGUUCCGACAGCGCAUGAAGCGUCGUCGACGCAAAGCCAUGGGCGAACCCAUCAACGACAGCUUCUCCCACCGUGUCGGCAAACUCGCCGUCGCCCAAGUCAAACGCAGCCUUCACAGAGGUUCCCAAACCACCCACGCCUGA